AUGCCCGCCAACAAGCCCCUAGAACCAAGGGCCGGCGUGCCAAUCGCGCCAGCACGCCAGGACGCUGAUGGUCUGGUGAUUCCCUGGCAGACCGCGGGACAAGUCUCUGCAGCCGGUGCGGUGAAACGAGCAGUACCGGUACGGGCUAUGAGUGAAUUACCAGCACGGGAUGGCGAGCCACAAAGCCGAGCAUCAGGGUUCGACAUCUUCACCACCUACAUACCCACCGCCGAGCCUCGAGCACAAGCCACACAGCACACGCAACACGGACCCAUUCAGCAUGGCAUACCAAAUGAAGUCUGCCAAGGCGAUGGAGAAGAAUUGGGUCAGAGACUUUCAUUCUGGAUGCAUUAUCCACCAUUCAAGCCUUGUGCCGCGAAAGGGCGCGCCGACGAACUCGGUGAGCCAUGUGAGAAUGCCGUCGAUCAUGACUUCCACCCAGAGCGGCUCUCGAUGAAUGAGCAUAGCGCAAUUCAGUGGAUAUCUAUAUGA